AUGAACUGGAACUCAAUCUCAAUGAAUCAUAUGGAAGUCAAUCUCAAAGUACUCAAUCUUAAAUAUAGUAAUAAUUAAUUCAGACGAUAUUCGUUACGAAAUCGAACAAAAAUUGUAGUUUCUCUGAACAAAAAAUUCUUUCUUUUUCUUCGAUAAAUUCGAAUUUUUCAUUCUUAUGGACUCUUUGACUCUAUUAUAAACGGGUAUUCGUGAACUAGAACUCAAUCUCAAUGAAUCACAUGGAAGUCAAUCUCAAAGUACUCAAUCUUAAAUAUAAUAAUAAUUAAUUCAGACGAUAUUCGUUACGAAAUCAAACAAAAAUUGUACUUUCUCCGAACAAAAAAUUCUUUUUCUUUCUUCGAUAAAUUCGAAUCUUUGAUUCUCAUGGACUCUUUGACUCUAGUAUAAACGAAUAUUUAUGAACUAGAACUCAAUCUCAAUUAAUCAUAGGGAAAUCAAUCUCAAAGUACUCAAUCUUAAAUAUAUUAAUAAUUAAUUCAGACGAUAUUCGUUACGAAAUCGAACAAAAAUUGCAUUUUCUCUGAACAAAGAAUUCUUUCUUUUUCUUCGAUAAAUUCGAAUCUUUGAUUCUCAUGGACUCUUUGACUCUAUUGUAAACGGGUAUUCAUGAACUAGAACUCAAUCUCAAUGAAUCACAUGGAAGUCAAUCUCAAAGUACUCAAUCUUAAAUAUAGUAAUAAUUAAUUCAGACGAUAUUCGUUACGAAAUCGAACAAAAAUUGUACUUUCUCUGAACAAAAAAUUCUUUAUCUUUCUUCGAUAAAUUCGAAUCUUUGAUUCUCAUGGACUCUUUGACUCUAUUAUAAACGAAUAUUCAUGAACUAGAACUCAAUCUCAAUGAAUCACAUGGAAAUUAAUCUCAAAAUACUCAAUCUUAAAUAUAUUAGUAAUUAAUUUAGACGAUAUUCGUUACUUGCACUUAAAAAAUUGCACUUUCUUUGAACAAAAUCUUUUCAAUAAAUUCGAAUUUUGACUCUCCCACUAUGAAGGGUGAUCACAAUAAGGUAUCAGAGAAUGGUUGAAAACUUGCGUGCUCUAAUGAUUUAUUUACUUAUUUAUUUAACUCACUGUGUCUUUGCAUUUAAUAUAUUCACUAUUUUCUUUAAUUAAAAGGGCAUGUCGGUAUACCAAUACCAAGUAACAUGUUAAAACUGGUCGAUGUUCCUGAAUUAGGAUAUUUCGCAAAAGAUGGAGAAGGUGAAUUGUGUGUGAAAGGAUACAAUGUGUUCAAAGGAUACUACCACGAUGUAGAACGAACAGAAAAAACAAUUGAUGAAAAGGGAUGGCUGCACACUGGAGACAUUGCUAUGUGGACACCGAACUAUCUUGUGGCAAUUGUGAUACCAGAUCAGAAUGUGGUCAUGUCCUGGUGUGAAAAUAACUUAGCCAUCAAUUCGUGGGAAGAAGUUUGCAAUGAACUGGUUGUUCAAAAAUUGAUUUUGGAUGAUAUGACGCGACUAGGCAAAGAAGCUGGACUUAUGUCUUUCGAACAGGUAAAAAAAGUAUCAAUAUUUUAUUUCGUUUUGUGAAUUAAUUGGCUAUACGGCGAUCAAAUUAAGAUCACAAAAAAGUAUAUCA